UAAAAUGAAUAAAAUAAAAUAAACCUGGCAGUGGCAUACAUUCUAGGUAAAAUAAUUAGAAGUUAAUACAUAUUAAUACAUAUAAAAUUCAAAACAUUAAAAUAUAGCAAACAAACAGUUUAAAAUAAGCAUUCUGCAACAAUCAUGUAAUGUCUGGGAACACUUCCCUAAACAGAAAUGUCUUCAACUCAGCUUUAAAGCUGGUUAAAGAGGUGAUGAACCAUGCUUAUGUGGGAAGGAAGUUCCAUGAGUGGGGGGCAGCAAGUGAAAAGGGACAGAUCUGAGCCGGAGAAGUGAAAAUCCUAGGCUGGGAUAACAAUCCUAGUAAUGACUUGCUCAUGGUAGUGAGCUGUAUGACUGAGCUAGGAUUUGCAUCCAGAUUCAAGUCAUACUGUUGGGGAAAUAUAGUGGUGCACUGUGAGACAUUAAGUAAUGUACAGUAUGUAUCACUGAAUAGUGCAGAACAUUGUACAAAGAUUUUGAAUGAAUGGAAAUACUGAGACAGAAUGUUUUUCUUGAAUUCUAAGGAAAAGUGGGGAAAGAUACUGUGGGAAACAAGACAGUGCCUUCUACUGUUGAAGGAAGGUGUCUUAUUUAGUAAGGCCCAGAAUGUGUGAGAGAUCUGCAGUUGGAGGGACAGAGAGUUGGAAUUUGACUGGCAGCAGUGUAAGAUAGGCAGUGACUACAAGCAGUUGUAGAGCACAGAGUGGAUUCCUGGAAGAAAGGUCCUGUCAUGCAUGAAAUUGUAAAAUGUACAUGUAGAAGAAGAAUAUUGGUGUCCAUGAGAGAGCAUUUGAACAAGGAAGAGAGUUUAUGGUUUCUCCAUGACUGGAGUGCAGUAAAGCAUUUUAGGCAAUCUGAUACGUAGAGGAGGAAUAAUGAGCCCCUCUGAUUAUGAGGUGCCCAGUUUGACUUUCCUCAGUGGUCAAGAUUACUCUUUUUCAAAGAAGACACAUUUUUGUAGGAAUGCCUCCCAAAAAGAGGUGAUAAUAGAGGGAAGAUCACCCUCAGCAUACUGAAUAGGUGCAUGUAUGAAAAUGACAUGCUCAGCUGCAAGUUGGCGUCACAAUAAUAAGGACAGUGUCAUACACUGUUCAGUUAUGAACACAUUGAAUUGUUAUUUAAUAGUGGAUGGAUUGUACAUGAAAAUCAUGAUCGAUUCCCUCCUUCUGGCUUAGAAGUGAGACAUGAGCCUUUUUAUAUCAUCUGCCUUCCGUAUUUUUGGCUUUGUUUUCUGAUGGUAAGCAAAAAAAAGGCUUGCUGGUUUCCGUAGAUCCAGCCUAACACUGCUGUUUGCUUCAAGGGAAUGAUUCUAGCAGAACAUCACAGUGUUUCUGCCCAAUUCCAGUGUCACUCUCCUUCCAGCAAACUAGACCUUUUUUUGAAACAAUAAAAAAUAGAAAAUUUGAGUAACCCUUAUUAUGUAGUCAUUAUAUCUGAGCAGGAAUGUAGUGAUUCUAAUCUAAACAUUGUGUCCUGGGGCUUAAUGAUUCUGAAUCAUGUUGGGAGGCUGCAGUUAGAUGUGUCUGAAAGAAUGAGCUUGGGAUGCUUCAGUAGAAGAAACUGGGAGAAUCUUUGCUCAUGGAUAUAGCCUUGCAAAAAUCAGCAUGGUUUCACUUGAAACCUUGCAAGAUGAUAUGAGAGAUGUGAAAGCAGGUAAUGCAUCACAGACCUCCAGUGUCUUGGUUCUACUUAUGCAUUUUGAUGGUGUUGCCCAUGACCUUUCAAACAGAUCUGGAGGGAUGUUUCGUAUUAUGAUAGUUCAAGGAAGGGUGACACAUUAGGAGUAGAAGAAUGCUGGCAGCCAUCUGGCAAAAAAAGAAAAGGAUGUGCCCUUCUCUCAGGGAAGUCUUAUCUGAGAUUCACUCCAAAUUUCUGGGGGAGGGGAAUACAGACUCAUUACUUGUUUGAGUGUAUGCUGUCUAAAUGAAUAUUCCAUACAAAUAAUCAGAACACCUAUACUUCUAGACUAAUGCUGUCUAGUUUAGGCAGAGUAUGUAUGUAGAAUAUGGUUUGCAGACUGCAACUGAUACUCAGGUUCUCCUUCCACACCCCUCAGCAACCCCCCUGCCCUCACAUGGUAAAAUAUUUCAGAAGCAUUUUGGGAAGUAAUGAUUUGCCAUUCAAGCAUAAUUUGCCCUAACCCUGUUUUAGGCCUCCAAAGGCCUUUUUUAGCAUCAGAAGGGACAGGCCCUUGUUUCUCAAAUGUCUUUUCUGGGCUACAUAGGCCCAAGGGCUUGUUUUAGAUUUUACUAAUUUUGUAUGGUCACAGGCCCUGAUUCCUGAAAUCCUUGAAACUGGAAGUGCCAUGGUUUGAUAGUUUUACUUUGUGUGUAGAGCAUGUUCAUUACCACUGGCUAUAUAAGGAAGACAUCUCUUAUAUGUAAUUUGUCCUGAAUGCAGUGCUGCAAUUGCUACUGUCCCUGAGCCCAGUGCAGAUGCUGUUCUCGUCCACUUCGUUGCGUCCUCUGUUCCUCCUCAGCAUUGGCCUUAUUGGUGUUCUCCUGUUGGAGAGAUGGAAGCCACAAUUCCUAUUGGAUUUCUCAGCACAGCCCUUGGAAGAACAUGGAAGAGAUAGUGACAGUGAGAUGGCAGAAGCACAGCCUCACUUGCUAAGUGUCCCAGAACUCUGUUGUUACCUGGCUGAGAGCUGGAUUACCUUCAGGCUGUACCUACAGGAACUAUUGCAGUACAAGAGGCAAAACCCUGCCAAGUUCUGUGCCAGGGUCUGCUCAGGAUGUUUGAUCCUAGUAGUAGUAGGACAUUAUGUUCCAGGAAUCAUGAUCUCCUACAUUGUCUUGCUCAGUAUCUUGCUGUGGCCACUAGUGGUUUACCAUGAGCUUAUCCAAAGGAUGUAUACACGCUUGGAACCUAUCCUAAUGAAACUGGACUACAGCAUGAAGGUGGAGACCUUGCAUGUUAAACAUGAAAAGAAAAAGCGUCAAGGAAAGAGUGAGCCAGAAGCGGGUAAUGAGCCAAUGGCAGAGACGGAAAGUGAGAGUGAGGCAGAACUGUCUGGCUACUCUCCAGUGGUGGAUGUGAAGAAGACAGCACUAGCAUUGGCAAUCACAGACUCGGAGCUCUCUGAUGAGGAGGCCUCUAUCUUGGAGAGUGGAGGUUUCACCGUCUCAAGAGCAACCACACCACAGCUGACAGAUGUGUCUGAAGAUUUGGAUCAACAGAGCCUUCCCAGUGAGCCAGAAGAGUCUUUCUCCAAGGACAUGGCAGAAUUCCCCUCCGUGGAAGAGUUUCAUUCCAGAGACUUAGGACCACCCAAUGAGGAUGACAAUUUUGCGGUGCCUGCCCAUGCUGCCCAGCAGCUGGACUCUCCCGAGGAAGAGGUGGAGGCAUCAACAACCCUCAUCUCGGACCCAUCCAUCCUGUGCCUGGCCUCACCUCUCCAUUUUGUAAAUACGCAUUUCAAUGGGAAUGGGCAGGCAGUGGCAGGAGGAGCUCCUGAGCUCGAAGGUGCCUCUGCAGGAGGCCUGGGACUGCACAUUGAUUCACUGAGCCAAGAGAUUGUCACAACUGCUAUCAGUACCGUAGUGCAGAACACCCUGUCAGCCCUGCUCCGCUCCUCUGAGGACAGUGAGGGACCUUCCCUCUCUGAGUUCCUGCCCACUGAGCCUGAGGAGAGACUCAGCUUCCAGGCACAGCUGUCUGAGAGUGAGGAGAUAGGAGCAGCCUCUCUGGCUGGUGAGGAGGAGGAAGCAGAUGACUUUGAGCUGCUAGAUCAGAAGGAGCUUGAGCAGAUGGAUGCAGAGCUGGGCCUUUCUGGAGAGACCUCAGCUCCAACAGCUUCUCCUCUCCCUCUUGAAGAAGAAUCAUCACCGAGCUCCUAGGUCUUGCUACUCUCCUGCAUUUCAGUAGCUGCAAGGAAGGACAAGUAAACACAUGGCAGGGUUUGAUCUAUGCUGACUUUGGAUGGCAGAGCAUCUGCAUUCACAGUGUUAUGUCUGGAAUAGUGAAUUGUUGCUCCCAUUUCUUCCUGUGUUGACCUUCCCAUCAGGUCAUUGUGUCCAUCCAUGCUUUCUAGUGAUGAUGCCGUCUUUUUGUCUGCUGCUGCAAUUCGUCUGUCUUUGUCUUUGUUUUUUUGCACACCAUCUCUAGGUAUACCUGCUGCUCAUCCCUAUGCACCCAGUAGGAAGUUAAAUGGUUUUAUUGGAUGGGGUAGGAGGAUUUAAAUUGUAUAUAACAUUAUUAAAACAUUGGGUGUUUAGUUGAACAGGGAUGAGGAUUUUUUAUAUAGAAAAAUCAGUUGGGGAGGUCUUCUUCCCUUUAUAUAGAAACUUGGAUGGGUAAAGGAAGCAGCUUCAAAGGAGACACCAGUAAUUUUGCUGUUUGGAUGAGAGGGGGGGGGACACAUCUGGGCUUUGAUACCCACUUUGCACCAAAUAGCAGUUGCUCCUUAAAUUUCAACCGUCAAACCUUUCUCUUCUCCAUCAUUUUAAACUCCUAGUCUAAUUUCCUCUCUCAGAAAUGUGACUUUGACAGACCUGAGUUAGGCUCCAGGAAAAGAGAGCCCAGUCUUGUUUGUUCUAACUUUAAGCCAGGUUCUUGAAAGCCUCUUUAAUUCAACUGAAAAAAUGAGGUAACCUGAAAGCCUUCUGUUUUCACAUUCUGCUGCCACUGCACUUUAAAUGCAAAAUACCCCUAUAUGUGCUUGUUCCUGUUUUCUUAAAACCUGACUAAACCAGUCCUGCUGUGUGAUUCAACCUUGGCAGAGGGCAAGCUUUUCUUUCCUCAGUGUUGCUUCUGGGAGAAGCAAGAAGCAUCUUGAGAAGAGAGGAAUAUCUGGGAAAAUGGGAAGAACCCUAGACUCUUUGUGGGGCAAGCACUCUAACUUCUCUUGCUGCCUCUUUCAGAAUGCUUUAUAGUUUUUUAUUUAACUAGUUGGAAUAGUGUGCCUAUUUGUGUUCUCAGGAUGUGGGAAGUUUGUUCAGGCUUUAUUCCCCAAAGGUGAUUACUGCCUGUGGAGGGUGCUUCUUGCACAGCUUCGCAGUACUUUUUCUUUUAAAAAGGAAAUCUGGUUGAAACUACUGAGUAACUGAAUCUUUCAAAGGGGAUUUUAGUUUACAACAGUAUAAUGGUUUUUAUUAUAUAGAAACAGUUCCUCUGCCCAUUUAGUGUGCAUCCCAUGAGUGCAUUGCAAGGCUAAGAUUUGCCUCUGGCAUUUGCCUUAUCAGUUGAGUGAACACUGUUUGCUGCCUGGAAUAGUUCUUUUUGUCUGAUUUCAAGGGAUUGCAGAGUAGGGCAUGGCAGUGGUAUUGUGAAUUGAUCAUUAUCUCACUGUGUAAAGUAUUCAGGAUGGGCACUUCUUGGCAAUUCCUGAUGCUCUUGGUUUUUGCAUAAGAGCAAGUGCACCUUAGUUUUACAGAUGUUAUGCUACAUCUUUGCACUGCAUCUCUUAAAAAUAUUUUUCAAACUGAAGGAGGAAUUCCACAUGUAUCUGCAAGACUUUUCCUGCUUUGGUCUAUUUCAGAAUACAUUAGUUGUUGUGCCAUUCAAUUCCUCCGCCCCUGUAUUGAGUUGGGUUUCCUUUACUGGGUUUCUUCACUGGAUUUCUGGAAAUCUUCUUGCAAUAUUCUUCCCCAGGAUUGACUCUUGUCCUGUCUUGUGUUGCCUGACCCGUGCCCUCCCCCGAUCAAAUGUUGUGGAGGGAUAGCUGUUAAAAACAGCUUCCUCUUAAUGUUUGCACUUUGGAAAUGGGAAGCUGUGUGGCACUGAGUGUGAUGCUUGCCCGCCUCUGUUUUGUGUCCUGAGCACAGAUUUUACCACCACCUCUUGAUAACCAGGCCUCACUUUCUUUUUCUGGUAAAGGAGGCAUGUGAUGUGUUGGUAUUUCUCUCUGGCGCUCUAAGCACUCCUCCUUUCUUUGGGUGGCAAUAGUGCCAUGUUGCUCUGGGACAAGGGUCUCCUACUGAAGGGCUAGAAGUUUGCUAAUGUCACCCAAUAAAGGUGGAGGACUUUGAACUGUGUAGCAAUGUUUAUUCUAUGGCUAAAUAUUUAAAAGUAAAAUGUAGUCUUUUUAAUAAAAAAAGGUGAAAGAUGUGA